AUGCGUGGCGAGAAGAGGGGGCCCAAGAGCAAGGGUUAUAAGGCCCCCGACUUCGACGAAUGGACACGGACACGAAUGAACGGCAUUCGCACCAUGCUGUCGCUGUUUACAAAUCCCAGCUCGACAUCCACUUUCCAGAAUUGGCGUAAUUCGGCACUUGUGGCAGCACGAACAUUCAUUGAGUCGGGCAAGGUAUUGCCUAUCAACCCGUAUGGCGGGUGGACAGCUUCCAAGGUGACCGAUGAGGAUCUAGCCACCGACCUCCGAUCGUACCUCCGGGAGCUGGGUGAUGUGCAUAUCACAGCGGCAAAAGUUGUCCAAUAUAUGUCACGGUCGGAUGUGAUGGAGAGACACGGUCUUGAGGAGCCAAUCAGUGAAAGGACAGCGCGUCGGUACUUGGAUGAGUUGGGGUACUCCUUUUCGCAAGCCAAGAAAGGGCAAUACGCUGACGGCCACGAGCGGGAAGAUGUUGUCCAGUAUCGAAAUGAAGAGUAUCUUCCGAAGCUCCGCGCGUUCACUGAUCGCACGGCAUAUUAUGAGGACGAUGGGACACUGGUGCUGCCUCAGCUGCCCACAGACAAGCCUGUCCGCGUCGUGAUUUGGUAUCAUGACGAAAGUAUCUUCUAUGCGCACGACCGGGCGCAAGAAGGCUUGGCGACUUCGUGA